AUGGCUAGAGUGCCUUGUAGAAAUUGCCACAGCCUGGAUCACAGUCCGGCGCUUUGUCUGUCAAGACAAAGACCGUCAACAAACAUCGCCCGGGCCCAAUCUCCUCAGCGGUCUUCAGGAAGAACGGUCACCAUCGACACCAACAUAAAUAUCGCCCAGACCGCCAACGGAUUGCCUACGUUCACGGCAUUCAUCAAGGGAGAACCCGGACACAAGAUCCCCGUUUUGGGUCUAAUUGACUCAGGAAGUCAAAGAUCGUUUAUCAAACGAAGAAUCGCGCACGGCGCUGCUAAGGAGAACGAAGAAAUAGAGGAGAUAAGGAUCAAUACCUUUGGCUCUACGAAGGCGCAGAUUGAAAUAACCAAAUCGUACGACAUUUGGUUAAUCACUCAAACGGGUGAUGAAAUCAAACUUCGGACAACGGAGAUGGAGUUUUUGGCCAAGGCUACACCGAAGACACACUCCGCCAUUCGAGAGGUCUUGACACAGCGAGGAGAAAACCUCGCCGACGACCGCCGAGAUCACGACCAAGGUGACGGGGAAUUCGAGCUAGUGAUUGGCUGCGACUACUACUGGCACCUUCUCUCUCACGAAACCUUACAAGGAGCUGAUGACUCGGUGGCCUGUGCGAGCAAGCUAGGCUGGAUCAUCUUCGGUUCCCCGGGAGAGAACAGACAAACAACCGCACUUACCACUACGACGGACCCCAGUCGAGCGAUGGUCGACUUUAAGGAAUUUUGGACACUAGAACACAUGGGGGUUACACCCUCGGAGGCGGAAGACCCAAGUUUUCUUCAAACAUAUCAACAUUCUAUCAAAAGGGACAGCAGCGGGCGAUAUGAGGUUCUGUUUCCUUUCAAAGACAACCGAAGGGCGAUGGAAUCAAACAAAGGCAUCGCGCUAGCCCGACUCAACAGUCUACUAAAAAGGAUGAAAGGGGAAGACCGACGGUCAUACCACGAGAUCUUCCAACAGUACCUUGAGAAGGGAUACAUCGAAGAAGCUGACGGAAGUUAUACCGGUAUCUGUACCUACCUUCCGCACCGGCCCGUCAUCAAGCAAGAGGCCACAUCGACAAAAAUCCGGCCGGUGUUCGACGGCUCAGCGCACCUUCAUGGCCGGCCAAGCCUGAACGACCUGCUAGAAACAGGCCCGAACCUUAACCCCGAACUCUUAGCCGUGUUGCUAAGGUUCAGACGCCACAAGAUAUCAUGGAUGGCCGACAUAACGCAGGCUUUCCUGCAAAUCGGCAUACAAGAGGAUCACGGACAAAUCGUCCGAUUCUUAUGGGUCAGAAACCCCGACGAGGACCCAGUAAAACUAAUAGAGUACCGCUGGAAGCGGGUACCCUUCGGACUAUCCAGCAGCCCUUUCAUCUUAAGAGCAGUGAUCCUGAAAUGCCUGGACGACAGUGGAUCUGGGUACCCCGACCUUGUCAACCAGUUGCGGGAGCAAGUCUACGUGGACGACUGGUUGGGAGGAGCUGAUAGCGUACAGCAGGCGGCCCAACUCAUCACGCAGGCGAUACACCUGUUCAGCACCGCAAAAAUGGAAUUACGAAAGUCGAACACCAACUGCAAGGAGCUGAGCAAGGAACUAAGCAAUAUGGAGUUUCAGAACGAGCUUAUAAACGUGGGUCAGAAUCCCGGGGCAACUAUUAAAGCCCUCGGCGUAGCGUGGGACCCGUCGACCGAUACAUUUCAAUUCAACGCCCAGAAGAUCUUGGAGGAAGCCGGGAAGCUGGAUAACAGGCCCUCAAAACGCAAGCUCUUUAGUCUUGCCCUUAGAGUCUUCGACCCCAUGGGGCUGAUAUCUCCAGUGACCGUGAUCGCAAAAAUCAUCAUGCAGAAGAUAUGGGCUGAAAAAAUCGGGUGGGACGAUCCCGUUCCCGCCAAAAUUAUCCCCCACUGGGAGACUUUCAUCAAGGGCCUCGCCGAUCUCGCCGACACCAAAAUAGAACGCUGGAUCGGACCAGAGACCCAACGCCUGCACCUCUUUUGCGACGCCAGUGAUGACGCGUACAGCGUCGCGGCGUAUAUACAAAAUGGGGCACAAACCAGGCUCUUAUGCAGUAAAACUAGGAUCGCGCCAGAUCCCAAAAAAUCUGUGUCUACCCCUCGACUGGAGCUGCUGAGUAACUUACUCGCGGCUCGGCUAGGGAAAUACAUCGAAACCGCAUUAGCAACACCCUUUGAGAAGAUUUUGUGGACCGAUUCUUCGAUCGCCUACUGGUGGAUCAAAGGGGAAUCGGGACGCUGGAAACAGUUCGUGCACAACCGGGUCUCGGAGAUCAGGGAGACCAUAGAAGCCGAAAACGUGAGGCAUUGCCCGGGCACCCAGAACCCUGCGGACAUCGCCUCAAGAGGAGCGGCCGUUAACGCAUUAAACAAGACCAUAGGAUGGUGGUUCGGGCCCCAGUGGCUGACCGACUGCAGCCGAUGGCCGACAGGUCCAAAUUCGCCAGACCCAGACCGAAUUAAGGAUAUCCACAAAGAAGAAAAACCCAAAGAGGUCACAGUAAGCACGGCCACAACGGAAAAUCGAUGGUACGAGAACCACAGUCGCCUACGAUCAAUUACGCGGAUCUGGGCGACCGUCCGCCGAGCAAUAACUCGGUUCCGAGGAAAGGAAAGCCCGGUCUCGACGACAGCCAAGGUGGCUUUUGGUCAGGCAUUUCCCAUGUUAACAGUGGACGAGGUAGAGAUCGUCGAACUGGACCUGUGGCGAGAAACUCAACGGGACACGUUCGCCGAAGUAAGGAAGGCGCUAAGAAAAAACUUGGCCCCGCGACACGAGAAACUGAGAAAACUGGGGCUCGUAUGGGACGACAAGGCCAGGUUAAUAAGAUGUGUUGGUCGCCAUCAGAAUUGGCUCCAAUACAACCACAAACCAGCAGUGAUACUCCUCCCCGAAGAUCAUUUUUUAACCAAGAAGUUAGUAGAACAAACACACGAACGACUCCAACACACGGGAGUAAAUACAACGAUGCUGGAAAUAAGAAGAUCCUUCUGGAUUCCAAGAUUGAGACAGACCGUCAAAAAGGAGUUACGACGGUGCGUUCGAUGCCAAAGGUUAGACGCAAGGGCGUUCAACGAGAUCCCGGGCCCGCUACCGCUUGACCGCCUGCAGAUGUCCAAUCCCUUCGAAGUAACAGGAGUGGAUUUCGCGGGCCCCUUCCCCCUCACGGGCCCCGCCGUCAACCACGAAGAAAAAGGAUAUAUCUGUCUAUUCACUUGUGCAGUGACGCGAGCAGUCCACCUGGAGCUCACCACAGGGCAGGACACGACGACUUUCAUCAACGCGAUAAGAAGAUUCUUCGCGAGACGGGAAGUGCCCAAAGUGAUGUAUUCGGACAACGCCCGCACAUUCACUCAAGCAGCCCGGUAUCUACGAGCAUCCUACCGGAGUGAGCGCGUAUAUAACACGCUGUUGGAUCUUAAGGUAAAAUGGCGUUUUUCCCCAAGCCUCGCACCCUGGUGGGGCGGGUUCUGGGAAAUAAUGGUCCAAACCGUGAAGAAAUUGAUAUAUAAAACGUUCGGCAACGAGCGGUUAUCGUAUGACGUGUUUCAAACCGUGCUAACGGAGAUUGAAAACACCAUCAACCUUAGACCGUUGACGUAUGUCUCAGACGACGACGACGAGCCAUUGACGCCGAAACAAUUAAUAUCCGGACAUCGCCAGAAACAGAAACACCCCGUCGACGAAGAAGAAAGGGAAUACUCGACCCGCACAGCAAUCACACAACGGGAACUAAAACGGCGGAAGCUCCUAGGCAUUUGGUGGGAGAACUUCUACAAGGAGUACGUAGCAGAUUUAGAAAAGUUCCAUUGUCCAUCGCCCAGAAGUACGAAGUCAGUGGAAGUCGGGCAGGUGGUCCUGAUUCACGACGACCACUGCAAACGGUCUAAAUGGAAAACCGGCAGGGUAGCGAAAAUCUACCCAAGCUCAGACGGCAAGAUUCGACGAGUGGCGGUGUUGAUCGCAAAUAAAAGUACCGGAGUCGGAUCGACCCCGAUCUACCGGGACAUGAAAACACUGUUCCCGUUAGAACUACAUGCAGGGCAAAUCGACAACGAUCCUUCCAAUAUAGACCCAUUUCCCUCGGAUCAAAACCCGAUAUCGGAAUCUGAGUCGGACUCUGAUUUGGACAGCGGUCCAACGGGGGGAGUGUCAGAAAUUCUGACGGCCAACUCACAGACUACGGGCCAGGACGGGACUUGGAGUAGGAACUCAAACCCGGACGACGGGGGGCACCAAGACCUCAGGCGGAAGAAACCAGUUUAG